CCAACCUCCCCCAUCUCUUCCCACCUCUGCCUCCCCUGGCUCUCCUCCAACUCAAAGGCAAGCGCAGACCCAACUCAGCGGAGAAACAAUCAGAUCACAGGCUGCCUAAUCCUGCUCUUCCCUGGCGAUUGCAAUGGCAUCCACGUCGAGCUCGACGGCGGUGGACGAGAAUGAGCGGAAGCGGAAGAGGGCAGCAGCCGGGGGAGAGUCCACGGCGUCCGCCGGGCCGGGGACGGAGGCGCAGCCUUCCAAGUGGCGGACGCGGCGCGAGCACGAGAUCUACUCCUCCAAGCUCUUCGAGGCGCUCCGCCUUGUCCGAGGUGGGUCAUCGACGACGGCGCCGGCGCGUGGCCGGGCCGUGCGGGAGGCGGCCGACCGCGCGCUGGCGGUGGCGGCCCGCGGGCGCUCGCGCUGGAGCCGCGCCAUACUUGCAUCCCGCCGCCGCCGCCUCCAGGCCGCCCACCGCGCGCGCCUCCGCGCCCCAGCCACACCGCCUGCGCGCCACCCCUCCGUCACUGCCGCCGCACAGCCCCAGCCGGGUAAGGCACCUGCUCUGGCGAAGAAGGCCAAGGUGCUCGGGCGGCUGGUGCCUGGCUGCCACAAACUGCCGUUCCCGGCUCUCCUGAGCGAGGCCUCCGACUACAUCAAGGCGCUGGAGAUGCAGGUGCGCGCCAUGACCGCUCUAGCCGAGGUCCUGGCCAGCGUCUCAGCCUCCGGCAGCUCCUCCUCGCUGGCAUGACCCAAGCUUGGUGCAUGAUUCGUGUAUUCGUUGUAAAUUUCACCCCCUUUUCCUCGUGGGAUCGAUUAGUUAGCCCCUGCUUCCUCCUCUCUAGUUUGCCACGUUCUUUCUCAUGUUGGUUGAGCGGUUAGUGUGUUGGUGAUAAUGAUGGCAUUCUGGUGAUUUAAACCGUGCUGUAAUGCCUCUCUAUGUCUCUCUCGUUCUCUAGUGGUAGGCACAUUCGUUUUGUUGUAUUCUCUUCUAGCUUCGCUUUCUCCUCGGGAUUCUUUCGCGUGUUUGUUUCUCUUUCGACCCCUUCUCUGAUAAAUGUAUCAGGCAUGAAGAAAUGUUCAGAGCACUUCCUUGGU